ACAACGCCUCGUCGCUCAUGCGCGCCUCCCAGCGGCGUCCGCAACGUACCGCCGCGAGCAGACGACAAGUGAUCCGUCCAGUGCAGACACCGCGCAUCGUAUUUUCGCUUGUGCGCCCGGUCAACUAAAAGCAGUAAGAGGAGCCAGGGGAACCCUUAUUUUCUGUUAGUACUGUGAAAGACUCUUCACUGUUCGAGUGAAGUGCGGCGACGGGACGGUGCAAGCGAUUAACCGUAAUGAACCUAUGGUGAAACGAUCACUUUAGGUUGUCGGCUCCGAUGAAGUGUCUCGUGCGCGGUUGCACCCGCACGCACCGGGAUGCGGGUGUUUCCUUUCACCGUCUACCUGGCAAGGAUCCAGUGCGAAGUCGCUGGCUGGAAGCCCUUCGACUGCGCGCUAACUCGAAGCUACUACAUCAGCUUGAUCGUGUGUGUUCCGAGCACUUCUCCGCGCAGUCCUUCACGUCGUGGAAGGUUUCGAAGAAUCUGGGGUUCGAGAAAAAGAAGAAACGCCUCGACGAGGGCUCAGUUCCGACCCUUCAACUGGACCUCACACCAGCACCAGCGUGCAAAAGGCGCAGACUGGAUGAUUCAGAGACGCCAUCUGAGUGGGGGAAGCACAAUGAAGCAGACAACCUCUGCGAAGACUCUAUUGUGGUGUCAAAAGAGGACAUGGCAGCCAGUAUAAUCGAGGUUGUGCCUGCUGAACAGAAAGCACCUGAAACUCAAGACUGUUCUGAACUUCAGCUCGCAACUGAAGAUCAUGGGUAUUCCAUCAGAAGUGCCACGUCUGCCGACCACACCUACAGCAUUGAAGUUCAGUACGAAAACAAAGGCACACAGGUGAACUUGUCCGCCAAGCAGUCGAAGGAGACGCAGACAGACCCAUGGGAGUCUCCAGCUGUUCUUCCAUGUACAAGUGCUGCUCCAGCCAUCAUGAAGGAUCCUGCUCCAGUUACUAUGAAGCAAGUGCCUGUGCCAGCAGCAGUUGAAAUGCCAGCAUGCGAGGACUUCGCCACAGAGCAGGUUGCCCCAUCGUACCGGCCGACAAGCCAGCCAUUUCUGGAGGCCGACCUCUCUUUCGAAAGACCAGGCAUGUGCUCAAGCCCUAUUCCAGAAGAGCCUGCAGACACUACGUACGAGGCUUCUUGGGACGAGAGCUUCUUGAGCAACUCAACCUCAACGGCCCCCCUGCACGAGGAGCCCAAGUACAUUGUGUUUGAGAGCUGUUUAUUGCAGUUGCUCCGCCCAUGCAUAAUGUGCCAAGCGCCAUGUAAAGUUACUAUUGUACCAGACGGCAAUCUAGUGAGGGCCACGGCUGUGUGCCAAAGUGAGCACAGCAGGACUUGGCUCAGCCAGCCUCUCAUCAACAACGUGCCAGCCUGCAACCUGCUCCUCUCCGGUGCCAUGCUGUUCACCGGCUCCAGCUCUGCAAAGGUGCUCAGGCUGCUAAGGCUCAUCAAUAUUCAAGCCUUCUCGGAAAGCACGUACUUCAAUCACCAGGCAGCAUUCCUGCAGCCUGUGUGGAUCCGAGAGCAGCAGAGCCUUCUUCAAGCGAGACAGGGGAAGACGGUGCGUUUGGCUGGGGACGGGAGGUACGACUCUCCAGGGUACUCGGCCAAAUUCAUGACGUACACCUUCAUGGAGAUGGAGACAAACAAGAUCCUCCACUAUGUCCAAGUGCAGCUUGGAGAGUCCCCCGAGGUGAAGUCCAGCAACGCAAUGGAGCUGCAUGGCUGUGCCAAGGGGCUCACUUUUUUCAAGGAGGAGGAUGUCACGGUCGAGGCCCUCGUCACUGACCGUCACCUAGGGAUCAAGGGCCACAUGAGGAGCAAAGAACCCCAGACACGCCAUUACUUCGAUGCUUGGCACAUUGCAAAAGGUGCCUAA